AUGCUCGGGCUUUUAAGAACAAAACUGGCAAUCGGACUUGAAAGACGUGUCUUACGUGUCGAAAUAAAAGACAAGAUAAUCGUGCUCCUAAAAGGAAAAGCAAACGAAGCGGACGUCCCUGAGCCUCCAGUUGAGGAUACUCAUGUUCCUCAUUUCAUGCGGCCAAUUAAUGCCUCACUUCGAAGAAUUGCCCCUCAAUGCGUCUCUGCCCAACACUUCUUGCAACAUACUAUAGAGCAGAGUCAGCAAGAUACCCUCUCGUCUUCUGCUCCCUCUUUCCAUUUUCGAGGUGCUCACUCUCAGGAUACACCGCAGGUUGCUGAAGCUCGUCGGCGUAGAGAGCAAGAUCGACGUGCUCAUCGUGCUGCAAGACGAGCUGGGGAAGACGUGCCUCCAUCUCAGGGAUUGGAUACGUACAUUGCUCAGCAAGAGCAAGAGAAUCCCCCCUCUACUCAACCUCCUCCUUUCUCCACACCACUAUACCUCCUUCUGCUCAACAACCGCCCCCUUCCACUCCUCAUGCAGAGAGUCAAGUUUUCAUCUACCCGUGCCGCUAGCGCGCACCUCACCAGCGAAGCGGGUGAGGGUGCGCGUCACAUAAGUGAAAUUGUCAGAUAA